UCAUAUUUCGGUUUUCAUGUCUAGGCGCUGGCAGUUUCUACGUUUAGCCACGCAAUUUAGAAAGCCAGAAAUGUCAAAAUAUUUGAUCUAGUUCCUUAUGAUAUUGAAUUCUACCGUAAAGAUUUAAUGAAGUUCAGUUUGGGUGAGGAAAGAAAAGAAAUCUUCGAGGACAACGAAGAAUGGACGCGUUGUCAAGUUUCAUCAAGUCCCUGGACGCAUGCGCGUGGCGCCAAUCCAAGAUGGCGGCCUACUUGUUGUGUUUGACAACAGAUGGAGGGAUUCCUCUUUUUACUCGAACUAAAGGAGAUUUACCUCAGUUGCCAUUCCCAGUAGUUGGUUCUUUGAAUGGUGUUCAUAUGUUUGCGAAGAAUCAGGAUGUCUCUUUACUGAAGACCAUGACAAAUGAUGCUACAGUGGUGUGGAAAGUCUUUCAUGACAGUAUAACGCUGAUAAUAGUGGCAUCAGAUGACAACUCCAGUGAUGCACAUUUGAACAGAGUCCUGAAUCUUGUCUUCAAUGCUAUGGUGAUGUUGCUUGGAAUAGAUGAACUAACGAACACCAGAAAUAUUGAAUUGAUAAAACGAGAAAUGAGGUGUUGUUAUAGUCUGAUAGACAAUAUCCUGGAAGGCACAGAUUUAGUAGGUGAUAUCACACAAGCUGUUGAUGUUAUCCUCUGCCCUGAUGUUUCAGUCCUUCAAGAAACUCUAGAUGCUUUUGUCUCAGCUUUGGAAAGUGAGUUUGGGUGCCUUCUGGUGAUGGGGAAAGUAGCUGUUGCUACUGUUAGAUGGUGGGAGUUAACAGGAAUAGAGACAGUCUUACUGUCAAUGUUAAUCCAUACUCAACUUCCUUGUUCUUCCCGUGAUCUUCCUGUCUACCUCCCAUAUGGCAGCCCCAAGGUUCCUCACAGAUUGGUCACAUUUCAGAUUCUUGAGGGAAUUGAGGUCUGUGUUAUAUGUGGUCCAACACCAACUCUACAGGACAUUGAAUACAAGUUUCUAGACCAGUACUGGAGACCAGUUAUUGAUAUACUCAAGUCAUGCUUGCGAUCCCAUCCACGUAAUCUACCACCCGCGAUUACUAUAGACAGCGGUAUACUAGCAUUUAUCUUGGUGAAUACAGAGGAGAGAAAAUGCUUGACCAGUGUUUUCCCGUCAGGGGUAAUGACGGGUUCUGAAUCUGCAGAAGGUGUUACUCCUGCCAAGCGAAAAUCAGCAUUGAUCUCAUUCUACAAAUCUAUCGUGGAGACGUUGUUUCCUCCCGUAACAGAAUUAACCGAUGAAAAAGAUGAUACUCCAGUAUCACGUGACCCACAUACCAACGUGCCACAUGAAGCCAUGGAAACAUAUACCUGUACAGACGAGUACAAAUGUUACGCUGUCAGGACCGCUACGCACCAAUUGUUUGCCCUCUUUUCGAAAGACGUACCUAUGUACGCCAUGGGUCCCGUCACGUCGUCCACGUUAAAACUUCUAACGAAAGAUCACUUGGUGUAACGGAGUACCUGUGCACCUCUGCCUGGUGUAGACGGGGUCUUGGUCUCCAGUGAAAUAUGCAGCAGCGAAUAAAGCAAGAACGGAUAUUCUAUAAACGGUGAUUAAACACCGCCCGCCAUGUGCUGUCAGCCACAAAGAAUUCUAGUGAAAACUUGUGAUUCAGCUGUUCGACGACAUUCUGCACGAGAAAGUUAAGGAAAUGACAUCUAUACUUAAAUUGUUAGUACUCGACUGUUGCCUCACAUGACUCUUGUGACAGCAAUUAAACCCUCGUUCCCAGGGCCUGCUCUUCGAGCGCCGCCAUCUUUAAGAAGGCCCUGGGAACGAGGUUGGCCAAUUCGAACUAAGACUCGAAGAAGACAUUUCUCCUUUUAAAAUUGUACAUAAGUAUUUAUUAUGUAAAUAAAUUAUCGGAAUCGAAGAUA